GAAGCGCUAGGUGACCCGGAAGUCAAAACGAGGUGCGCGCCUGUCACGCAUGCGCACACGAGCUCUCCCAAACCCUUUUGAGAAUGGCGGAUCUGGGUGAGGCGAACGAAGCGGAGUUGCAGCGCCUGGUGGCGGCCGAACAACAGAAGGCGCAGUUCACUGCACAGGUGCAUCAUUUCAUGGAACUAUGUUGGGAUAAAUGUGUGGAAAAGCCAGGCAAUCGCCUCGACUCUCGCACUGAAAAUUGCCUGUCUAGCUGUGUGGACCGCUUCAUCGACACUACUCUUGCGAUCACCAGUCGGUUUGCCCAGAUUGUACAAAAAGGAGGACAAUAGACCAAUGCCUGGGAGAAUAACAGAAGCAGCAAAGGACUUGUUAUGAAGCUGACUGAAGGGGGACUGGGGCAAGAGUGGUCAACCCAUUGUCAGGUCAGCAUCAGUCUGUUGCCUAGCCUGUUGGUGCUAAAAAGUAACAGAUCAAAUGUACAAAAACAUUUAUUUAUUUACUUGGAAUUUAGAAAUUCCAGGUUGUAAUAUCAGUUAUUCAAUAAAUGUGAAUUCUCCAA